AUGGACUCACGUGUCUAACUUCUAAUAAUAAGUUAUUAUUGUAGAAAUAUUAUUUAUUUAUUUGAUUACUAUGUGGGUAAAAAAAAAGAUACUCUAAUUUUAUCUUGGAAAGUAUCUGUCAUGGCUGAGAAUCCGGGCCGGGCCUCUAUUUACGAACAAAAAAACCGGGCCGGGCCGAGCCUGUCGUGGCCCAAGAUACACUCCUGCGACCCCACGUGGAAUAGCCAGAUGAAAUCACGCACAAAAAUGAUCCCACAUCCGGCACCAAAUUGUUUGUACUCUCCAGGAUAAGUAUGACUGCCACGUCGGAUUAUCCGAUAACCUCCUAUCCGUUGACUUUCCCAUUUCAGUCCCUACGAUUUGACCGGGGAUACGACGGGGCGGCCGGCGAGGUCAACCUCUCCGGAUGCCUCCAAGAUCUCCGCGAGAGCCUCCGCGCAGGCGGGCGAGCCGGCGCGCAGCAGGAUCCCCCUCUGGACCAUGCCGUUGACCAUCCCCACCGCCUCCCUCAAGUGACCCUCUUCGAACGCCACGUCCAACAGGGAGGAGUACACGUCGGCAUCUAA